AGCAGAUUCGAGAAGGAGUUUGACGCCGUGCAGGACGUUUUCGAGCUCCAGCGCAACCUCAACAACGCCUUCGCCUACGACCUCGUCCCCUCGCCCUCCGUCGUCGCCGCCGCCCUCAAGGCCGCCCGGAGAGUCAACGACUUUGCUACUGCUGUCCGCAUUUUCGAAGGCAUCAAGGCCAAGGUCGAGAACAAGAACCAGUACCAGCAGUACCUCGACGAGCUGAAGCCCCUGCGGGAAGAGCUCGGCGUCUCAUUGAAGGAGGACCUCUACCCCGAGGAGAAAUAA